UAUGAUCGGAGAGGAGCUGCGCUUCAGGUUGGAAGCGGUGCGAUCAUGGCCGAGCGAGUCCAGCAGCCCCCAGCCAAGCGGCUCUGCUGCAGGCCCGGCUACAACCCGGCGUGCAGGCAGGGGCAGCGGGCUGGAGGAGUCCUGUGUGGCGGCGCGGGGUCCGCUCCGGGAGGGUCGGGGAACGGGAAAACACACAACCCCGAGUCGUUGCUCGACAUCGCGGCGCGCAGAGUCGCGGAGAAGUGGCCGUUCCAGAGGGUGGAGGAGCGGUUCGAGAGGAUCCCGGAGCCCGUCCAGCGGAGGAUCGUAUACUGGUCAUUUCCGAGGAGCGAGAAGGAGAUCUGUAUGUACUCCUCUUUCAACGCCGGGGGAGAGGAAAGUGGAACUAGCGGGGACAAUAAUGACGAGACCCAGCUGCCUUUCCUCCGGGGUGUCACUCUGCUGGAGGGUGGCUGGGUGGACAACGUAUUGCAAGUCGGUUUCCAUCUCAGCGGCACAGUGACGGACCCCGCCACACCCUCGACCCCGGAGCUCGUUUGCAGCGUCAGCGUCAGCUUCGACCGCUGCAAGAUCACGGCAGUAACAUGCACCUGCGGCAACAAAGACAUCUUCUACUGCGCCCAUGUAGUGGCGCUGUCGCUUUACAGAGUACGGAAGCCUGAGCAGGUCAAACUGCACCUGCCCAUCUCGGAAACCCUCUUCCAGAUGAGCAGAGACCAGCUACAGAAGUUUGUCCAGUACCUGAUUUCAGUCCACCACACCGAAGUGUUGCCAACCGCACAGAAGCUGGCCGACGAGAUUCUGUCGCAGAACUCCGAGAUCAACCAGGUCCACGGGGCCCCUGACCCCACAGCAGGAGCCAGUGUGGACGACGAGAACUGCUGGCAUCUGGAUGAGGAGCAGGUCCAGGAGCAAGUCAAGCUCUUCCUGUCGCAGGGAGGAUACCACGGCUCGGGCAAGCAACUCAACCUGCUCUUCAGCAAGGUGAGGGAGAUGCUGAAGAUGCGUGACUCCAACGGAGCGAGGAUGUUAACACUGAUCACAGAGCAGUUCAUGGCCGACCCUCGGCUGGCGCUGUGGAGACAGCAGGGCACCACCAUGACCGACAAGUACAGACAGCUCUGGGACGAGCUAGGUGCCCUGUGGAUGUGCAUCGUACUGAACCCCCACUGCAAAGCGGAGCAGAAGUCAUCAUGGCUGCGCCAGCUGCGCAGAUGGAACAGCGUGGACGUCUGCCCCUGGGAGGACGGUAACCACGGCAACGAGCUGCCCAACCUCACCCACUCACUGCCUCAGGGUGCCCAUGGCAACCAAGAGAUGCGCCCCCACAGGACUGUGUUCACACGGGCCAUUGAGGCCUGUGACCUGCACUGGCAGGACCGACACCUCCAGCACAUUAUCGCCAGUGACCUCUAUGCCAACUACUGUUACCAUGACAACCAGGACGGCUCCCUCUUUGACACACGCGGCUGGCCCUUGUGGCACGAACACGUCCCAACAGCCUGUGCCCGUGUGGAUGCCCUGCGCUCGCACGGGUACCCAAGAGAAGCCCUCCGACUGGCCAUCGCCGUAGUCAACACGUUACGGCGGCAACAGCAGAGGCAACUGGAGCACUUCCGUCGACACAAGAAAGAGUUGCUCCAUAAAGGCCAUACCUCCAUAACCAACAUGGAGGGCUGGGUGGGACACCCCCUGGAUCCCAUCGGUACACUGUUCAGCACCCUGACGGAGUCGGGACGAGGGGGAGAGGAGGGCUCCAACACCUGCUUAGACCUCUCAGACUGCUCCAGUGUUGUGAGCCGAGCGGAGCUCCAGCGGAUGCCCGUGCAGCGAUUGUUGGGAGACGGCGAAUCAUACGUGGCGCUGGCGGUGGAGACGGCUCUGAUUGGCUUGGGCCAGCAGCGGGUGAUGCCUGACGGUCUGUACGCUCAGGAGAAGGUGUGUCGCAAUGAAGAGCAGCUAUUGGCCAAGCUGCAGGAAGUGGAGCUGGACGACUCCCUGGUCAAAAUCUUCCGUAAACAGGCCGUCUUUCUGCUAGAGGCUGGGCCGUACUCUGGCCUUGGAGAGAUCGUCCACAGAGAGAGUGUCCCCAUGCACACCUUCGCCCGCUAUCUCUUUACCUCUCUCCUACCUCACGACGCUGAACUGGCGUACAAAAUUGCACUGAGAGCCAUGCGGUUGCCCGUGUUGGAGUCGACGGCCUCAUCCGGUGACCUGUCACGACCCCACCACAUCGUGUCUGUGGUGCCCAACCGCUACCCGCGCUGGUUCACCCUGAGCCACAUAGAGUCUCAGCAGUGUGAGCUGGCCUCCACCAUGCUCACUGCUGCCAAAGGUGACAGUCGCAGGCUCGAGACAGUCCUGGAGUCAAUCCAGAAAAACAUUCACUCCUCGUCUCACAUCUUCAAACUGGCACAAGAUGCGUUCAAGAUCGCCACGCUGAUGGACAGCCUGCCUGACAUCACGCUUCUCAAAGUCUCUCUGGAGCUGGGACUGCAGGUGAUGAGAAUAACUCUGUCCACACUAAACUGGAGGAGGAGGGAGAUGGUGCGCUGGUUAGUCACGUGUGCCACUGAAGUGGGUGUGUACGCACUGGACAGCAUCAUGCAGAGCUGGUUCACCCUCUUCACCCCCACAGAAGCCACCAGUAUCGUGGCCACCACUGUCAUGUCCAACAGCACCAUCGUCCGCCUCCACCUGGACUGCCACCAGCAGGAGAACCUGGCUUCAUCCGCACGCACCCUCGCCCUGCAAUGUGCCAUGAAGGACCCCCAGAACUGCGCCCUCUCUGCUCUUACCCUCUGUGAAAAGGACCACAUUGCCUUCGAGACAGCCUACCAGAUUGUACUGGACGCGGCGGCGACAGGGAUGAGCUACACGCAGCUGUUCACCAUAGCGCGCUACAUGGAACACCGCGGUUACCCGAUGCGGGCGUACAAGCUGGCCACGUUAGCCAUGGCUCACCUGAACCUCAGUUACAACCAGGACACGCACCCGGCCAUCAACGACGUGCUCUGGGCCUGCGCGCUCAGCCACUCGCUGGGCAAGAACGAGCUGGCCGCCGUCAUCCCCCUGGUGGUCAAGAGCGUGAAGUGCGCCACCGUGCUUUCGGACAUUUUGCGGCGGUGCACGCUGACCACGCCGGGCAUGGUGUCGGCGCUGCACAGCCGCAGGAACUCUGGGAAGUUGAUGUCCCUGGACAAGGCGCCGCUCAGGCAGCUGCUGGACGCAACUAUCGGGGCUUACAUCAACACCACGCACUCGCGGCUCACACACAUCAGCCCGCGCCACUACAGCGAGUUCAUAGAGUUCCUGGGCAAGGCCCGGGAGACUUUCAUGAUGGCUCACGACGGACACAUUCAGUUCACCCAGUUCAUAGACAACCUGAAACAGAUCUACAAGGGCAAAAAGAAACUAAUGAUGCUGGUGAGGGAGAGGUUCGGCUGAGGGUGAGGCUGGGAGUCGCCGAAGGCUCCCCUCUCCACUCUAGUACUUUUCUAUUAACUUGAGUCUGCCUUUUGAACUUCUUUUGGACAAAUAAAAUAGACAAGUAAAAAACGAGGGAUGUGACUUGUAGAAUGAAGCAAAAUGAGAAAGGAAAAGAUGACAAAAAAAUCAACAGAGCCACAAGCGGUAUUAUUGUUCUUGCUGUUGUUAUUGUUAUAAACAUUAUUACUAUUAUUAUUAUUAAUAAUAUUAUUACUACUAUGUGUACAGAAGUGUUUUUAUUUUUCAGAAGAGAGGAAAUUUGUCACGUUGUGAAUGUUGUGUGUAUUUCUCUACAUGUGUGCGAGAGGAAAAAUGAAAAGUGAAAUGGCUUUUUUACAAAUUUUGGUUCUUUUAUUUUUAUGAUUUAAAGCAUCUUUUUGUUCUCCCCCUUUUCCAGUGUAUCUUGAGUUACAUGUUGUCGAGUGGCUGAAGCCCUUUUACAAUAGCGCUCAUGAAAAAACAUAAAGAAGAAGAAAAAAAGAAACUAUGUCUCAGCAUCCUCAAAGAGAAACUAAGGCUUUAAACCACACAGAGCACCUCCCUCUGUCCAGGCCCUCGCCGGUGGGCGCUGGGCAGCACUGCACAGCAUAGCUCGGCUCGGCUCGGCUCAGCACAGCUUGGGUUUAGCACUGACAGAAAGCCGCCAUCAGCAUUUCUUUAGACACAGCAGUAGCAGCAGCAGCAGCAGCACUUGAGCAGCCAUUAGUUUUCUCUGGGUCCCAGGCAUUAGCUCCAUUACACACAACAACGCUCUUAGCUAACUCGUGUUGUUGUUACCGUUGUAAUCCUCCCCACCUCCAUAACUAGUACCUGUUUUUAGACAGAGGGCAGUACGCAGGCGCUACACUGAUGGCACAUUACACAAAGAUAAUGAGUAUUAUUGUUCCAUUAAUGUAAUGUGGUACAGCUGUGAUUCUUAACUAAAUAAGUAGAUACCCAGAGGGAGACGACUACCUCAUGAUACGGUAUUGAACCUGCACCCUUUUUUUCUUUCUUUGUUGCUAUCAUGAUAUGUACCAUCUACUGUGUGAUAGCUGACAGUUUUUAAUGAAACAGAAGAGUCACUAGUGAGACCAAGGUUACGAGGAGAUGUGGAGUCAGUGUUUCUGAGCUUGGCGCUGCUGUACGUCACUGCCCCGGCAUCGGUACUUACUUACUCCCCCUAUAAAUUGGCUCUAACAGACCUUGAAAAUGUGUCAGUAUGUCAGUCCCCUCUCAUCUCCAACAGCCACCAUUGUACGGUAUUUUUUCAGACCAGGCCAGUGUCAUUUCCCUCUGUGCAUGUGAAUCAUAGAAAUUAGACUCUCUACUGUUAAAGUUCAUUGUGUGGAACCUUCAGUAAUUGUCAACCAGAACGUUCUCAGGGAUUUCUCUACACAGGAAAAAGGCGGAACAAAUGAUCGACUGACUACAGGAAAAAAAAGACAAAAAAACGUGACACAACAUGAGCGAGCAUUUAUUGUACUCUGUAUAUAUGCCAUAGUAUAUGUCUGAAUAUGGAGGAUCUGAAAGUAUAUGUUAACUAAUUUAUACAGAGUAUUCUAUGUAAUGUGAAAUACUUGAAGCCGCUGUAGUUUGCUCUCUCUCUAUCUCUCUCUCUGGCUCUCCUUCUCUCUUUUGUCUUUUUUUUUUUUUUU